AUGAUUCACUUCGACAUUUUUGGAAAUCUAUCAGAUUUACUUAAGGAAAAUAAUACAUCUCCAUACAUUUCUGUACCCCAUUACAUGGUUAUGCCGUUUGGGAUGGUUAUUGUGAUGGAGAACGUCAUUUCCAUUUGCUUGCUGUACGCCUGUACACGCUUAUGCUUUCAAAUCCGGAUAAUGUCUCUCAAUUUGGCAAUAUCUGAUUUUCUGAUGGGUAUUUCCAUAUGCAUUCCAAAUACCCUUCUUAACGAGAAGUAUCACUGUGAUAUCAAGAAGUAUCCGGGUUUCCUCUUCAUCACGGUAUCUCUGUUUAUCAUCACCACUAUGAAUGUGGAUCGUUGCUGUGUUUUUGCUUUAGCAAUGCGAUAUUACUCUUUCAUAACGAAGAAACUGAUCAUAAACAUUUCUGUUGCUUUAUGGGUAAUGGGUCUGUUGGUAACUUUUGGCACAUUUUUCGAUUUGAAAGACAAAUACGGACUUUCUUGCAUUGUGAUGACCGAUGUGAAGAGAAAUGCAGUGACAUUGACUUGCAGGAGUAUACUGUUAAUUAUCUUGACUUUUAACCUCAUCAUGUUUAUCUAUUUUAUGUAUCAAGUUCGGAAAAGAUUGGGUCGAAUUUCUGACACCAGUGACCGCGCCCAGUCUACUACAUUUGCGCGAGAGCAAGCAAGGAUUUCCGGAAAAACAUCCUUAAUCAUUGGUGUGUUCCUGAUAGCAUUCUUUCCUUUCAUGAUUACGUGUUCUUUUCCAUUCGAUCCUGAUUCAGAAACAUUCAGAAAAACCUUUUCCAUUGUAGUGAUGAUCAUGCUUUUCAACAGUGCCUGUAAUCCCAUUUUUUAUGUCUGGAGAUUCAGUGAACCGCGGUACCAUUUGAAACGAAUCUUGUGCUUUUGGAACAAAAAACAAAGGUUAGAAAUAGAGAACAAGUAUAAUCAGGAAAACGCCUCUUACACCAUAGAUCUAAAGAAAUAG